CGAAUUCCACUCGCCAUGAUAUGUCUGUUAUACUUGUCACUGGCUCGUAUGAUCAUGAAAUACGCUUUUGGGAGGCUUGGAGUGGUAUCUGCUCAAGGACUAUCGCUCGUUCUGGAGAAAUAGGCCAAGUAAACCGACUUGCUAUCUCACCAGACAAGCGGUUAUUGGCUGCUGCAAUUCAUAAGAAAGUCAACGUCUACGAGAUCGCAAGUUCAUCCUCAACACCGGCCAUCACUUUCGACGCGCAUACGAUGAAUGUCACGUCGGUGUCUUUCCAUAGCCAAGGGAAAUGGCUAGUAACAGGGAGCGAGGAUGGGACGAUAAAAAUAUGGGAUUUGCGAAGCACGAAUCUCCACCGAAACUACAACAACGAAGCUCCAGUCAACGAUGUCUGUGUGCACCCCAAUCAAGGCGAGCUGAUCUCCUGUGACCAAGCGGGUCGAAUCAAGCAAUGGGAUUUGUCCGAAAACAUAUGUACUCACGAACUCACCCCUGCCGGGGACGUGCCCAUACGUUCUGUGACCCUUGCAUCAGAUGGUUCAUGCUUGGUAGCCGGCAACAAUAAGGGCAAGUGCUACGUGUGGAAAAUUAACGAAGAAAGCUCGCAGCUACCCCGUUUCCAAGCGGUCACCAAAUUUCAGGCUCAUUCGAAGUACCUCACUCGAUGUCUUCUCAGCCCCGAUGUAAAAUAUCUUGCAACAUGUUCAGCCGAUGCGACAGUCAAAAUCUGGUCAAUAUCACCCAAUUACGAAUUCAAGCAGGAUAAAGUACUCCAGGGUCAUCAAAGAUGGGUGUGGGAUUGCGCUUUCAGUGCUGACUCGGCAUAUUUAGUCACAGCUUCUUCUGAUCACACUGCGCGUUUAUGGGAAAUGGCAUCUGGCGAAACGGUCAGACAAUACAAUGGGCAUCAUAAAGCGGCGGUAUGCUGCGCUCUCCAUGAUGGCGCCGGUUGACAAUGACUAUCUGUUCAUCCGAAAUUGUCUCAUAUCAUCAUCACCUUGUGCAAGGCUGGAUAUCUUUCACUGAAUAGCAUAUUGCUCCACUCCGUCCAAUCUUAUGCGAACUGCAUUUGCUGUACCGGAAUGCGUGUAUCAGGGAGGUUCAGCGCGAUCGCUUUGAAUCAACGUAUCGUUCAUUAG